AAUGCGAAAUGCCUGCGAGUGAGUUGCGUAAUCAUUGCCAUCGGCUGGAUCAUUGGGACCAUAUUUACCGCCUCGUACCUAGUUCAGGCGGAUACGGAGUACCCCAUAGUUACUCUUAUAAUGGCCAUCUCUGAUUUUGUGACAACGGCUGGCUCGAUCAUGGGAUUAAUUGGAGCCAUCAAGAACAUUCCAUUGGCGUUGCUUCUGUGGCUAUUGACGAUCCUGAUCUCCCGGUGCCUGGAACUUAUUUUCUUCAUGAUCUUCCAUUUGGAAAGGAAAUGGCUGUCCGCGUCGGUCUACAUGGCGACCGAUAGAGCGCUUUCAUUGAUACUCUUCGUUUCGGCAAUGCUAUGUGUGACGGCCAUAUCGAUAUUUGUCAUCUAUGAAUACUACGGCUAUCUACGAAACAAGAUUCGGUACAAUGACGAAUGAUAUGUGUGAAGUUUUGUGGACUAU